AUGAAAUACAAGGGAAGAAAUGAAAUACAAGAGAAGAAGUCCUUCUCCGAUAACUUUAAGCCGAGUUCGUCAAAUCCUUUACAUCCUUUCUUUUAUGGUGACAAAAAAGAUGAAAUACAAGAGAAGAAGUCCUUCUCUGAGAACUUUAAGCCGAGUUCGUCAAAUCCUUUCGUUCCUUUCUUUUAUGGUGACAAAAAAGAUGAAAUACAAGGGAAGAAGUCAUUCUCUGAAAACUUCAAGCCGAGUUCGUCAAAUCCUUUCGUUCCUUUCUUUUAUGGUGACAAAAAAGAUGAAAUACAAGGGAAGAAGUCAUUCUCUGAAAACUUCAAGCCGAGUUCGUCAAAUCCUUUCGUUCCUUUCUUUUAUGGUGACAAAAAAGAUGAAAUACAAGAGAAGAAGUCCUCCGAUAACUUUAAGCCGAGUUCGUCAAAUCCUUUACAUCCUUUCUUUUAUGGUGACAAAAAAGAUGAAGCACAAGUGAAGAAGUCCUUCUCCGAUAACUUUAAGCCGAGUUCGUCAAAUCCUUUACAUCCUUUCUUUUAUGGUGACAAAAAAGAUGAAAUACAAGGGAAGAAGUCCUUCUCAGAGGAGCCGAGGUACAUGGAUGAAAAAUAA